AUGGAAGCUAAUGUCAAGCUAUGUGCACAUGAAGGGAAGGCCUUGCAAGACAGAGCAAUUUGGCGUAGCAAGUUGAUAUAUGCAACACCCAAAGAAAGCUCAUUUGGAAGUAGUGCGGCGAAUGCUGAGCUUGGAUCUGGAGUUGUAUCUUGGUGUAGCAAAAGGAAACCAACUGUGUCUUUGUCAACCAUUGAAGAAGAAUAUAGAGCAGCAGCACUGUCAACUCAGGAAAGUACGUGGUUGAUGCAACUAAUGAAGGAUCUACACCAAUCUACUGACAAUGCAGUGGCACGCUAUUGUGAUAAUCAGGUUCUUGACAAUGUAAGUUCUGAAACAGAGCGCUUUGUUGUGCCUGGUAUGCCAGAAUGGGUUGAGAUUACCAAAGCUCACUUACCAGGUAAAAUAUUUCUUCACCAGUGGAUGGAAACUGAGAUGGGGUCUUAUGGAAUAAUCAUUAACACUUUUCAAGAAAUGGAGCCAACAUUUGUGAAAGACUACAAGAAGUGUGAGAAAUUGGUUGCACAAGUUUUGAACACAGCUAAAACGUUGGGGGUGGAAGACCCAAUGAAUUGGGGAGAAGAAGAGAAAGGUUGGGUUAAGAUGAAGAGAGAAACUAUUAAGUGUGUUUUAGAGGAAGUGUUGGAUGUAGGAGACAAAUGCAAGGAAAGAAGAGAAAGAGCUAGAAAGCUUGGAGAGAUGGACAAGAGAACCGUUGAAGAAGGUGGGUCUUCAUACAUCAAUAUGAUAUUGUUUUUAGAAGAAAUAAUGCAACUUGGAAGUAGUGAUCAACAUUAA